CUGUACGUACGCUCGUCUCCACACAUUAUAAAUGCGCACAGGAAAUCAACGUGUGGCAUCUGUUAUCUAGAUCUCAGUGUUGUGGUCGGGCGAGAUAGCACAGAGGCGUCCACUCGCAGCUUGUGUUCCCUUCGUAGACGGCCUAGAGAAACAGCAAGAGUCGGACGGCGGCGGCGCGGAAGCAGGGAUUCAUUAAGACAAGGCGAGAAAACUAAAAAAAGGAAUAUUCUGUCAAGGGAGCAGAAGAGCGCGAGGCCAGAGACGCAGAAUAAUAUACUCGGUCUGCAAUGUUGAGAUGGCUCUGUUGCUUGCGCGAGGACAACACGCAGUCCUGUUGGAGGGGGUGCUGCGCAAAGGCAACAUACCAAAAGUUUGAUGAGGAAGAAGAGAGAGCAGACAGAGGGGAAGGAGAAGCGAGAGAAGAGAAAGAAGAUAAAGAAGGAAAAGAGGAUAGAGAAAAUAAAGACGAGACAAAAGAGAGACAAAAGAGAGAGGAGAAAGAAGAGAAAGAGGAUAAAGAAAAUAAAGAAGAGACAGAAGAGAGAGAACAGAAAGAGGAGAAAGAAGGAGAAGAGAAAGAGGAGAGAGAAGCCGCCUCAGCCGCCUCUCACACAUUGGGGUCUUCGCUUGUCGAGACGCGUUCCUCGGAUUCCGCUGAUCGUCCAUCCGUUGACGAAGAGAGCGAGUCGCGCGGGUGCCCCGGUGCCCUCGAGUGCCAGCCCUCGGGCGGUGUUGACGCAGGCGAGGGAGGAGGAGGGGGAGGAGGAGGAGGCUUCUGGUGCUAUGCUUUCGAAGAUGAAGAACGUGGCUGCCUUGGGAAAUCAGGAACGCCACUGUCAGCAAGCAAAGUCAGAUCAGCCAGCGUGUUUUUCGAGGCCGGAGAUGAGGCCCGUGGAAAGCAGUGGAACGACCACCUGCACGCUCGCGAUUCCCAGGCCGACACAAGAGCGGACGACCGACAGUCCCGUCACGGUGGCGAUUUACUGAAACGAAAAACUUCGUACUGGGCAACGUUAGAUCAACAGAGCUCGUUCACUGACUCUGAAGACGACUCAAAAAGCCUGAACAAUGACGAAAUUUCAGGUCAGAAUCAAUCUGCAUGUCAUCAACCUGAUGUUCAGGAUCCAUAUGACGACUCAGACCACCAUAACCCUGAGUAUUGUGAUGUGUCCCAGAAUCGACAGUCGAUAAGUGAGGACGUCGAGUAUCAUCAAUCGCUGUGUGAUGUGCCUGAAUAUAAUCAGCGUUACGAAAUCAAACAAUUACAAUUUGUCGAAGAUUGCUUUUAUGACACAGGUAGUCACUAUUUGCAAAAUGACGGGGGCCUCUCGUAUCAAGAACUCUCAGUCGAAGAAAAAUUUGCAUAUCACCAAGCCCAUCUUGAGGGGGCUGAACACGAAACGCCGGAAUACGUUGACUCUGAGGACUGCACAGAUUAUAGCGAUCAUUUGCAUCGAUGUAGAUCCUCUAAUGCUGACACAAUAGGCCGACAGUAUGAUGAAUUCUGUGAAGAGCUAGAAGCCGAGAAUGACACUUCCAAAGAUCAGAAAUCAGAAUCCGGUGGCUCUGAGGACGUCGCAGAAUUCGGUGAUCACCAACGACGCCACAGUUUCUCGAAUGGCAGCACGAAACGCCGGCAGAACAAGGUCGAAUUCAGAGAUCAGCCGUUCUUUGCCGAAGAGUCUGGGGUUCAAACAUUUGAGUAUUGUGUCUCAAAAGGUGGUGAACCUUUACAUCAUGUUAAAGAAUCCAGUGAUGAAGAUUCUGAUGAAAUUUCUAGAAAUGAAACUGCUGCAUAUGAUGACUUCACAGACGACACAGAGGAUGAUGAAUAUUUUCAAAAUUGUUCCUUAUAUAUCAGCAGAACGAAACAAAAGGAGAAUGAUGACAAACUUAAAGCACAAACGUUCCAGCACAGUGAGAACAGAACUACAGUAAACCAGAGUCGGAAUACAAGGUCCCCUAAGAAUAGACUUAUCCUCAACUCGAAAAACAAGCAAAGAGGACAGACUGAGGGAUCUUUAGGCGACCGUGGAGCGCAGAAAAAUGCAGCAGAGAAGGCAGUUGGUCGCGUCCCUAAAGUUUUACUCACCAAGAGUGUGGAGGUGACAUCGGCUCGGCCGCACAAGAUUAUGUUCAAUACUGGGAUUCUGGAGGUGGAGAGCAACAGGAUCACAGGCAGCAAGGCUAAAGUUUUCUUCCAUAGGGACGCGCUCUACCUCAAUCAGAAGAAAGUUGAAGACGGGAAGCCCCUCUCGAGGCUUCUGAAGAAGCAGAAUCAACAGUGGGGCUGCGUGGCACGGGCCUUCCCCAUGAAGAACGGCGCCUGCAGGAAGAUCGCCGGCGUUGAAGUUCAGCUGAUAGCCAGCCUGGUGUGGGUGGGCGACAGACCUUCGCCGGCCGACGUCAGCAAAUUGUCCCAGGAAAGGAAGCAGAGCAGCCGGCAGCCUCGUGAAGCUGGAAAGCUGUCCCAGGAAAGGAAUCCCGGCCCCGAGUCGGAACAGAGCAGCCGGCAGCCUCCUCAAGCUGGAGGCACUUCGCAGGCGACAGAAGGAAAUGAUACUCUGAAGACAGCCUUGGCGGACAGUGCUUCUCCAAGAUACGGCAUGGUGCGAGGCAGAAUCAGCGGAGUCACAGCGUCACGCGCUGUGCUGCAGAUGCCCAACGGCGCUCACGCGAACUUCCGGACAGAUCAGUGCUUUCUGUACGGCGUGUGUCUGCAGGAGGUGCAACUGUCAGAAGUAAUACCUGAGGGAACGGAAGCUGAAUACGAGAUGUGCGAGGGCCUGAAGGACCUGAAGGGAGUGUGGGUGGGCGGCAACGCGCUCCUUGAACCCUCCGAGCUGUACGCCAGGCUGGAAGCUUGGUGCAAGGAGCACGCCGUUCCUCACAGGACGGCGGCCUCGCUGCUGUGCAUGGCGGGAUGGCUGCCAGACGACCUGAAACCUGCAAUUGACCUGCAGCCCUGGAAAGAAAUCAUCGAGGUGAGCGCCCCAGCCAUCCGUUGGAAAACCGUGGGCAAGCACAAGCAUUAAUAAGACAAUGUUCUGCGAAAUGGCCGCUGCGGUGGUUCUCAAGAGGAAUGGGGAAAUCAGACGCGGUCACUAGGCACUACUAAUUGAUUCCUUGAUGGCUGAGCACAUUUGGAGCCAUCUGUGUGCCACAAAAUUCACACACAAAAACUAAAUGCAGAGGACUGGGGCCGUGGACUGAAGUACAACCUGCACUGUUUUUCUUCUUUUUUUUUUACUUUAUGCAAAAGUAUACUCCCUAAGAAUCUAAGUACAGAAAAUAGAGAAUUACGUGAA